AAAUUUUAGUCAUUUGUGUUACUCCAGUGAAAACAUCUGCCAAAAUCCAGUUGAAAUCUCUUUUCAAAAUCGUGUAAUUUGACACCAUGCACUUAUCGCUUGGUGUUCAAAAAUUCCGAUUGAAUGCCAUUUAAAACAAUACUAAAAUAAAUUCGAAGAUAAUUAUUUCGCCGAUAACAAUUCCACAAUUAUUGCUUCGCGUGGGUGCAUGAUCAUAAAGUGGCCUCGAGCAAAACCAUUCUCUCUGUUCAACAAAGCGCGAGUGCACUAUUACUAAGGGCCAAAACACGUGCAAAAUUUUUAAACCAAUGGUAAGCGAGAUAGUCAGUGUUUUGCAAAAAGAUAAAAUUAUUCAACAAUCAACUAUCAUGAUGGGAUGAUAAAAUUACGCUCAAUUCUCAAAACGUAAUUGUUACUAGAUUCUGUCGAAAAUGUUCAAAUCGUUAAGCUACACCUUGUUAACAGUCUUGACUGUGGACCUUUUGGCCACUUCUGGCGACAUCACAAUGACAUGGACCUCCCCAGUCCUACCAAAAUUGUACUCAAACGACUCCGAUACCAACCCUUUGGGCAAACCCAUCGACCCAGACAUCGAAUCCUGGAUUGCUUCCUUGAUAAAUAUUGGUGCCAUGGUCGGCCCGUUCCCAUAUGGGUUCAUUGCCGAGAGAUACGGACGCAAAGUUAGCCUUCUUUUGAUCGCAAUCCCGCACAUCAUCUCCUACGUAACCUUCGCAGUGUCGAAAACAGCCUAUUUGUAUUAUUUUGGCCGACUUUUGGGCGGUAUUGCCGUCGGUGGUGGUUACACAGUCCUUCCAAUGUACGUGGCAGAAGUGGCAGAAGACUCAAAUCGAGGGAUGUUAUCAGCGACUUUAAACAUCUUCUGGACUUUUGGAAAUUUACUCCCGUACACUUUGGGCCCCUACAUGUCCAUUUUUUGGUUCAAUAUUAUCCUAGCAUGUGUACCAACAUCCUUCUUCGUCCUGUUCUUCUUGAUAGCACCCGAAUCUCCGUAUUUUCUCAUCGGUAAAAACAAGAUGAAUCAAGCGGAAAAAUCUCUCCUCAAGUUACGAUCCAAUAACAAGAAGGUGGUAGAGAAUGAAAUCCGUUACAUCACGUCCGAAUUGGCCAAAAACGAGACACAAGGAACGUUUCUCAAUUUUUUCAAAACACAAAUCUACAUGAAGGGUUUAUUGAUUUCGUUAGUGUUGAUAAUUGCGCAGCAACUUUCUGGAAUUAACGCUAUUUUGUUCUACACUGAAGAAAUUUUCUCUGCGGCCGGCGCCAAUGGUUUAAGGCCCGAAAUCUCGAGCAUUAUUAUAGGUUUAGUGAUAUUUGUUUCAAGUUUUGGAACACCUUUCGUGGUCGAUAGACUCGGCCGAAAAUUUCUACUCCUAGUUUCACUUCUUGGAAUCUCUCUAUCACAUCUAGCUUUCGGCACCUAUUUCUAUCUCCAGACCUCCACAGAUUUAGACAUCAGUGGCAUUUCGUGGCUCCCUAUUACAAGCUUGGUGGUUUUCAUUGUGACGUUUAACACAGGUCUGGGUCCUCUACCAUGGACUGUUUCAGCAGAAUUAUUUCCAACAAGUGUCAAGCCUUAUGCUGCUUCCUUAGUUUCGUUUGCUUGUUGGACGACUUCCUUUUUCGUGACCAAGUUUUUCCUUGAUAUGAAAAAAAGUAUGGGCGAAGGAGAAACGUUUUGGUUGUAUGGGGGUUUUUGUUUUGCUGCAUGUUUGUUCACGUACGUUUUUGUCCCAGAAACUAAAGGGAAGAGCUUUCAAGAGAUACAGGAAAUGUUGGAAAGGUGAUUAAGUUUAAAGUGGCUGGAAAAAUUCCGCAGAACUGAUUGAAACGUGAUAACGGAAACAAUGCAAAACAAUACUAAAUGUGUAUAAUAAUCUAUAUUUAAGUCGAAAAAUCUUUCUUAAACGUGUUGAAAAACAUUUUUGUAAAUUGAAGAAAAAAUCUGGUAAAAUGUUAAUUCUGUGAUUGUAUUUUUUACAUCCAUAAAUAAAACAUGUGCACCAAAAUGA